AUGGAGGGGCAGAGGGGCAAUGCACAACAUCGACUGACGCCUCAAGCAGAGAGCAGCAUCCUCGACUCGACAAGACCAAGCCAGCGACAAGACACAACGCAAGUGCCGGUGCCAGAAAGACAAGACCAGACCACACCACACAGACCGCCUACCAUGGCUUCCAACGAGUCCCCCGCUGCUCCCCACGAGCCUCCAUACACAUACCGCCCCAACCAGGGCUACGACCAGACCGAGUCUAUCCCCGUCGAGCUGAGAACCGUGCCCAACGACGCUUCUGCCCACGACGACGAGGAUGACGGCGACCUCGAAGAUAUUUUCGGCGAGGACGAAGAGAUUGACGACGAGGACUGGAGCGCCGACUCGGGCAACCUGACCAAGUCGUACAACCGCCAGCGUAUGUUCAACACCACCGACUCAGCCCUGCCGCGCUCCAACGCCCAGAGACCGGCUGCCAACACCAAGUCGAGCGUCGACGACCAGAUCACCGCCCUCUCCAAGCACGCCGCGAAGAUCCGCCUGGACGGCGUCAAGGAGAAUGACGAGAAAAGCAAGGACAAGGCCGACCGGGCGACGAGCGAGCAGGUGCUGGACCAGCGCACGCGCAUGAUCUUGCUGCAGAUGAUCAACCGCGGCAUCGUCAGCGAGAUCCAUGGUGCCAUCAGCACCGGAAAGGAGGCUAACGUUUAUCACGCCAUCCUGCACCCCGAGGGCGACGGCCCCAACAUCCAACGGGCCAUCAAGGUGUACAAGACUUCGAUCCUCGUCUUCAAGGACCGCGAGAGGUACAUCACAGGCGAGCACCGCUUCCAGAAGGGCUUCGACAAGAGCAGCAACAGGAAGAUGGUCAAGCUGUGGGCCGAGAAGGAGUUCCGCAACCUGAGGAGAAUACACGCUGCCAGAAUCCCGUGCCCAGAGCCCAUCAGCCUGAAGCUGCACGUCCUGGCCAUGGGCUUCCUCGGUGACAAGAGGGGCUGGGCAUACCCCCGGCUGAGAGACGCCAACCUGACUGGUGACGAUGUCGACCAGCAGUGGAGGAACCUCUACGUCCAGCUUCUGGGUCUCAUGCGCCGGAUAUACCAGGUCUGCAGGCUCGUCCACGCCGACUUGAGCGAGUACAACAUCCUCUACAACAGCGGCAAGCUGUACAUCAUCGAUGUCUCCCAGAGUGUCGAACCUGACCACCCCCGCGCGCUGGAGUUCCUGCGCAUGGAUAUCAAGAACGUCGGUGACUUCUUCAGGAGAAAGGGCGUCGACACGCUCAGCGACCGUGCCAUCUUCGACUUUGUCUCGUCGCCCGAGGGUCCGGUCGAGGAGCCCGCCCUGGGCGAGGCGCUCGAGAAGCUGUACGAAAGCAGACCCGCCGACAACGAGGAGGCCGCCGCCGAGCAGGAAGUCGAUAACGAGGUUUUCCGGAAGCAGUACAUUCCCCAGACCCUCGAGCAGGUCUACGACAUCGAGAAGGACGGUGCCAAGAUUGGCCAGGGCGAGGGCGACAAGCUCGUCUACAAGAACCUGCUCGCCGACGCCGUCGUGAAGGAGGACGAAGAACAGGAGGCUGAGGACGAGACUUCCGACGAUGAGUCGGGCAGCGGAGCGUCCUUGGCCAGCGGCGAAGAGGACGACUCCAGGUUUGACAAGGGCCGACCUAGGGGACGUAAGCACGAGGACAAGGAGGAGAAGAAGCAACACAAGCUGGCCGUCAAGGAGGCCAAGCGCGAAAAGCGCAAGGAAAAGAUCCCCAAGAGCGUCAAGAAGAAGCUGGUCUCGUCUUCGUCUAGGAAGAAGCACUGAGCCAACUCCCCUCAUUUGACAUGCAUGAACGGAUACCCCCCACUUGCGAGGAAAGCCUUGGAAGCGGAAGACAUGGAUGCAAUCGGGUGAUGAAGACUCGAUCGGCCUCAGACGGGGUCGGCAUGCAGUGUUUAACCAUUCGGUAUAACCGCUGCUGACCCCGUCAUUCUGGCUCUCGAAUGCCCUCUUCUACUUCCAGAGAGGCACCAUGAUGAUCAAGGAGAGCUCUGACGAUUGCACCAUUUCUCCGCUGCGGUGUUGGACCUUAAGACUGGAGGAAAGAUUGACCAAUGUCAAGAAUGUCAUGCUCACCAGUUUGCGACAACGUAGACCCAGUAGAAAUCCAAGAGCGUGUUCUUCGCUGCCAUCUGUUUAUCCCUAGAGAAGUCAUUAUGAUGAUGGGAGACUCUGGUUGAGUUGAACCUGUUGCGUUAUUAUUUGGGAAGAAUGAGGCAAGUACUGUUGGAUGAG